AUGCCCGUGCUCCCGCCGUGGCGGCAGCGGACCUCCAUUUUUCACCGUUCGGAGGGUCGUGUACAAAGUGUUGACGCGACGAGGAUUUCUCUGGUGGCGGCUGCAGGACUUGUCGCUUCACAAUCAGCUACGUUUACCGUCCUCUAUUUGUUUCUUCCCGAGGGACUGGCAGGUUUGACGCAUUUGAUGGUUGCGGCGGUGCUGUUCAACGCAUUUAUGUUGUGGAAUUGGGGGUCUGAUCCGGGGUUUGUGACUUCUUCGGAGGAGCCUUCAACGGCAAGGGAGAGGGCGAUCCGUAGAUGGUGUUCUGUGUGUCGUCUGUUGCAGCCCCUGCGGACCAAACACUGUGACAAGUGCGGCAGAUGUGUCCGGAAGUACGAUCACCAUUGUUACUGCAUUGGUGGUUGUGUUGGCGAGUUCAAUCAUGUGCGUUUCGUUCUUACUUUGGCGUCUGCAGUCCCUUAUUUUGUCCUUCUACCACCGGCACUACUUAAAUGUUUUAGUCUCGGGGAUAUCAUAGACCUCGACCGCGUCAUCAGUAGGAAUAUCGUUCCCUUUAUUUUUGUUGCAUACACCACCAUUCAAUUGGUACUUGUGCUCUCUUUGCUUGGGUUGCACUGCACUCUGUUGCUCAACAACAAGACAACGUGGGAGCUCUCUUCCAGAGGCCGCAUCACAUAUCUGGAUUCAAGGGCAGCGAACCCCUUUAACAAGGGGAUUGUGCAGAAUGUUUACUUUCUUUUUCGGCGGAAGCCCAUAAACUGGUAUUCAGUAUUGGAAGAGGAUGAAUGUGCCCUCGUCUAA